UCCUAGUAUUAUAUAUAUGUCUACCCUCUGAAAAGGUCUGCACCACCCUCAGCUCUGUCUCCUUAUGGAAGAAGUGAAGAGAGAUCAGAAAAGCUACUUAAAUUUUUCAAAAUUGCUACCCUCUCAAUGGGGUGAUCACUUUCUCAAUAUCUCCAUUGCUGAUUCAGAUUUUGAUGUGCUUGCAAGAGAGAUGGAAGUACUAACGCCUAAAUUAAGAAAAAACAUAUUCACGUUUUCUUCCAGAGACAAAGACGCAAUGAAAAGGAGCAUUCUUUCGAUUCAUAUUUUGGACAGUCUUGGCCUCGCUUAUAUUUUUGAGAAGGAGAUCGUGGAGACCCUAAAACAUGCUUUCGAGAAGAUAGAUGAACUGAUCACAGAUGAAAAUGAUCUGUACACAGUCUCCAUCAUGUUUCGGGUUUUUAGAAUAUAUGGUCAUAAUAUGUUGUCUGAUGUUUUCGAUAGAUUCAAAAGAAACGACGGUAAAUUUAAAGAAAGUUUAAUGGAAGAUGUCCAGGGCAUGCUAAGCUUCUACGAAGCAGCGCACUUCAGGACAACGACAGAUCAUAUCCUGGAUGAAGCGUUGAGCUUUACAUUGGACUAUUUGGAGUCACUAGCUACAGAUAGCAAAGCGAUCCCACCACAUAUUUUAAAGCAUAUACAAAAUGCUCUUUACAUACCGCAGCAUCAGAACGUCCAAGUUCUGGUUGCAAGAGAGUAUCUUUCGUUCUAUGAACAAGAAGAGGACAACGAUGAGACACUACUCAAGCUAGCCAAGCUCAAUUUCAAGUUCUUGCAACUUCACUACAUUCAAGAAUUAAAAAUUAUCACCACGUGGUGGAGGGAACUAGACCAUACAAAGAACCUCCCACCCGGUUUCAGAGAACGAACAUUCGAGUGUUGGUUUGUGGGAUCGAUGAUGUAUUUUGAGCCACAAUUUUCACUUGGGAGAAUUAUGUCGGCCAAGUUUUUUUUAUUGUUCACCUUUUUAGACGAUGUUUGCGAUACUUAUGGUUCAAUUCCUGAAGUUGAAAGCGUGGUUAACUGUUUGGAAAGAUGGGAUCCUGAGUACAUGGAAAAUCUUCAUGGUCACAUGAAGACUGCCUUCAAAUUUGUGAUGUCUGUUUACAAGGAGUUUGAAGAAAUAUUGAAGUCACAAGGAAGAUCAUUUGCGUUGGAGAAGAUGAUAGAAGAGUUCAAGAUAGUCGCGAGAACAAACCUUGACCUUAUCAAAUGGGCAAGAGCAGGUCAAAUCCCUAACUUUGAUGAGUAUGUAGAGGCUGGUGGGGCUGAGGCUGGUUCGUAUGCAACCAUAGCGUGUUCUAUUAUGGGACUUGGAGAGAUCGGUAAAAAAGAAGAUUUUGAGUGGCUACUAUCUAGACCAAAGUCUGUCCGAUAUCUAGCAAGGAAGGCACGUCUCUUGGAUGAUAUUACGGAUUUUGAGGAGGAUAUGAAUAAAGGGUACACUGCAAAUGCGCUUAACUAUUACAUGAAACAACAUGGAGUCACGAAAAAAGAGGCAAGUAGGGAAUUUCAUAAGAUGAUUGGAGAUAUCAACAAGCUUGUAAACGAAGAGUGCUUAAAGACAACCAACAUUUCACGUCCCAUUCUUAUGCAAGUCGUCAAUUUUGGACGCAUGGUGAAUAUUCUCUAUACGUCGGAUGAUCUCUACAAUCACCGUGAAGGAAAACUAAAGGAUUAUCUCACUGCUUUGCUUGUCGAUCCGAUACAUCUUUAGUUAAGAGUUUGAUAGUAUAUCCGUUUGGUUUUCUACUUUGUGAUUGUGAUGUUUGUGGUGGUUGAUUUUGACGUCAUGUCUUUGAUGAAAUGUUGCCUAUUCUGAGGAAACCGAGCAAAACCGUAUCCAAUAAAAUUAGUUGCAAAUGACUGAACACAAGGAUUUAGCCUUUUAGGCUUAUAAUUAGAAUUUCAUGUUGCAUUUUGGAAUAACCAAUAGUUUACGGCAAGAACUUCAUUACCAUCAAAUGAAAAACCAUCAAUGAUUGAAUUCCGUUAGACUCGUCGUCACCAUCCACUUCUGAAUCUGUCAAUUACCUUUUUUAAAUGGUUUAACUAAACUAAAAUUUUUGUGUUUCCAAAUCCAUUGGAAAAAACACACAAAACAAUUAAAAUUUUUGUCAAAUUUAAAUUAAAUUGGCAAUCAUACAAAUCAAAUGACCAGAAACAAAACAAAUAAAAAAAAAACAGAAAAAAUAUCUUUUUUUUCUCUUUUGACGGCUAGCGUUUUUGUCCACGAAGCCCGGAAUAGAGUCCUCUUAUGAAGUGGUUGGAGUUUGCCAAGUUAUCGCCACCUUUUUCAUGUCAAACAACUUGCGAUAGAAACAUAAAAAGCUUUAUUCAAAACUUUUUAAGUAUAUCAACCAUCUUCUAACUUUUCUGUUUAUCAUAUCUUUUGUGUAGAAUGCAUAUGAAAAAUGCCUACCAAUACUAUUCUUAAAAAACAGGUAAUAACUUAUUAGUCUUUAUCAUAGACCCAUUUUAACCAACAAAUCUCUCAAUCUCGUAUCAACGGUUUUCCAAAUUUUUGGAUCAGAGAUAUUUUCUUAUGUUGUUCUUUUUCCUCUUCACCUUGGUUUUCAGUCUUAUCUUGAUGAACCUCUUAACAUUCAUUGAACUUCAAGCUCAUAGCAGUAUUGUCAAGCUCGUAACAAUGACAAAAACAUGAUAAUUACAUUUGUCAUUUUUUUUUUUAAAAGAUAAAUUCGUUACAUACCUUGUGACGGGUAGGAUGUAAACGAAGACAAGGAAGAAGAUUAAAGUAAUACUAAUUCAUGUAGCCAAAUUCCUUUUACAAAAAAAAAAAAAA